UAGCAACGGUGUGGCAACAGUUCCUGCUCGCUCUUCGUCACUAACACCAUAAAUUCUCCUCUCUUAGCAUCAGCAGAGCUGCUCAAGACGUGCUAAAAGGCCUGGGCGGCGUAUAUAAGGAGUCAGGAAAUCAAGCAGUCCCCAAGCAGCAUUCUGCCUCAGAGGUUCAAAGAAGAGGUUCAAACAAAGCUAGACUUUCGUCAUGGAGGACACGAGCUGCACCAAGUCUACAGUCACCAAGGAGGAGACCCAGAUGUGCCACGACGCCAUUUCGCACCCUCCAGGCUACGGCUGGCAGCCCAGUCUGCUGUACAACCAGCACUUUGGCCUUCCUCCUUUCCUAGACUUCAGAGAUCUGAGCUGGAUGGAGAAUGUUUUUAGGAAGCUACGAACCUCCUCCUGGUCUGGAUACACCCAAGCGUCAGGAUUUGCCCCAAAGAUCCAUAGAGAGUUUGGCGGAGGCGUUUCCGAGGUUUCGGCCCAGCAGAGCAGAUGGACCGUGAGUUUGGAUGUAAAUCAUUUCGCACCGUCUGAGAUUACUGUGAGAACGCAGAGUGGCUACCUGGAAAUUGAAGGAAAACACGACGAGAGACAAGACGAGCAUGGCUACAUCUCCAGAUGUUUCCUAAGGAAAUACAAGCUUCCUGCUGGAACCGAAGCAGAGAGUAUACGCUCCUUCGUGACUGGAGAUGGAGUUCUGACCGUUGAAGCCACGUUGCCCAACAUUGCACCAACGGCUGAUGUUACAAUCCCGGUCCAGGUGGAGAUUAAGGCAGCACUUCUGGAAGACCAAAAGCAAGAUGGCUGGCAGCCUGGAGAGCCCGAGGUAGCAGACACAGCCGUUCCUCCUCCUGCGGAAAAGCCUGAAGGUGAAACUGUAGGCGCUGAUGAGAGUAUUCAUCACACAAACGGCCUACCUGAUGCACCGGAAAGUGUGGAGGGAGGAGAGGAAGCCAUCCCGAGCCAGAUAGAUGGAGAAAAGAAGGAGGAAGAGAGUGUAGAAGGAGCUGAUUUAGCUGGAGCCAAAGAGGAAGUUCUGGAUUCCAAACCCGAGGCUCCUGAAACUCAAGACGAUCCGGAAACUCCAGAAGCUCCUGAAGCUCCAGACACGGUGACAUCCGAGAAGGAAUCAGAAAUCCAGGCAAAGGAAGAGGACAAAGAGAUCCAGGAAGCGAAGGUGGAAGGAGACGUUCCGAGUGCCGAGGCUGAGGAGGCUCUCUCAGGAAUAACUCAGGAAGAGAUUCCGGCUAAGGACUCACAGGCUGUAGAGCAAGUAGAGCAAACCAAAUAGAUGACGGUGACUGCUUGGAGAGAUUGACAAAUCCCCCGCUCAUCCUUAAUUUCAGCCGAUUGGUCACUUUAGCGAGCGUUAAUCAGCGUUAUCUGGCAGGCAGUUUGCUGUAACAUGUAACUUUGAAGCGCUAAUAAAACCAGCACCUGAAUGUUUGACUCCUUUAUUUUUAUUUCUGCGUAAAUAAAAAAUAUUAAACACA